GAAAUGACUCUAGUUGUUGCCAGCUGAUGAGGGUGGAUGUGCAAGCUUCCAGAAUCUGAAAAAUACAAGUUUGGGUCUCCUGACUACAGUCUGAAGUAAAAAUGCGUGAAAUUGUGCACAUUCAGAUUGGCCAGUGUGGCAAUCAGAUUGGAGCCAAGUUCUGGGAAGUGAUAGGUGAUGAGCACGGAAUAGACACCAAUGGAAACUAUCAUGGAGACUCUGCCCUGCAGCUUGAGAGGAUCAACGUCUAUUACAACGAAGCCUACUCAGCCAAGAAGUAUGUGCCUCGAGCAGUCUUGGUGGAUCUGGAACCUGGAACAAUGGACAGCCUCCGGUCUAGCAAAAUGGGAACGCUCUUUCAACCCGACAGCUUUAUCCACGGUAAUUCGGGAGCCGGCAACAACUGGGCUAAGGGCCAUUAUACCGAAGGGGCGGAACUGAUUGAAAAUGUGAUGGAUGUGGUCCAGACCGAGAGUGAGAGCUGUGACUGCCUGCAGGGAUUUCAGAUAGUCCAUUCUCUGGGCGGAGGGACGGGAUCGGGUAUGGGCACGCUCCUCAUGAACAAAAUUAGAGAGGAGUAUCCGGACCGUAUCCUGAACUCCUUCAGUAUCAUGCCUUCCCCCAAGGUUUCUGACACAGUGGUAGAACCAUAUAAUGCUGUGCUUUCCAUCCAUCAGCUCAUUGAGAACUCUGACGCCUGCUUCUGUAUCGAUAAUGAAGCGCUCUAUGAUAUAUGCUUUAGAACCUUAAAGCUGACGACUCCCACCUAUGGAGAUCUAAACCACUUAGUGUCCUUGACCAUGAGUGGCAUCACCACCUCCCUGCGGUUUCCUGGUCAACUCAAUGCCGACCUGAGGAAACUGGCCGUGAACAUGGUUCCUUUCCCCCGCCUGCACUUCUUCAUGCCUGGCUUUGCCCCACUCACAGCCCGAGGCAGUCAGCAAUACAGAGCUCUCUCUGUCUCAGAGCUCACUCAGCAAAUGUUCGACGCGCGCAACAUGAUGGCUGCUUGCGACCCUCGCCGGGGUCGCUACCUGACAGUAGCCUGCAUCUUCCGGGGCAAGAUGUCAACCAGGGAAGUGGACGAACAGCUCCUGGCCGUGCAGACCAGAAACAGUAGCUACUUCGUGGAGUGGAUCCCCAACAACGUCAAGGUGGCCGUGUGUGACAUACCUCCACGGGGGCUCAAUAUGGCCGCCACCUUCAUAGGCAACAACACCGCCAUUCAGGAGCUCUUCACUAGGGUUUCUGAUCAGUUUUCAGCUAUGUUCAAAAGAAAAGCUUUCAUCCACUGGUACACCGGGGAAGGGAUGGAUAUAAAUGAGUUUGUGGAAGCUGAAAGUAACACCCACGACUUGGUUUCUGAAUAUCAACAGUAUCAAGAAGCCAAAGUGGAUCUAGAGGAAUACGAAGAGAUAGAGGGAGAAGUGGAAGUUGAACGAGAAAAGGAGAAAGAACAGUAAACAUAAGAACAGUAUUUAGGGUGAAUCUCAUUAAAAAAGGGUGAAGGCAUUCACCUGUGGGUGAUUUACCUCUAAUUUUUUUCCUCUCUGCCAAGUCAAAGCCUUCCCUACCUCUCAGUACAGUGAAUAGCUGAAAUGAAUAUUCUAAUCUUCCUCUCUAUGUGGCAUAGGAGAUUAGAGGGUGAAAAUGGGAAGGUUUUUGAAAAAGCAUUAAGUUUGCAAUAGUAUAUGGGCUUUGCAUGGAACUUGCUAAUUUUAAGAGCUUCUAAUGGAAUAGCUUGGAUUAGUAUUUCAAUGUCAAUUCCUUUCCUGAAUUAGUAAUCUACUGCAGCGUUGAAUAAUGCUAUACUGUUAGGGCCAUGGGUUUGCAAGGAGUCCCAGGGGGAGCACCAACACAAAGAUUGCUCUGGGGCAUGGUCCUGGUCCAGUGAUGCACUGGGAUCCCCUCAGCAGGACUCAUAUUCAGGUGAUCUGCCUGCCUGCCUACCUCCCUCCUUUCUUCAAAAGAGUAGCACACUUCACUGAUGUUCUAUUUCUCAGAUUACCCCAACAUACCUACUGAAAUGUAAUCUUUUGUGUAUCUUUUGGAUAUUUCAGGCUAGAAGGGUCUUUAAGGAAGCAGGCACUUGAUAAAUCCUAUGAUAAUAAUGGCCAAAAACACCAGGGAUUUGGAGCUCUUAAAUGCUGUGUGCCUUUGUCUCUACUGAAACAUUUAUGGAGAGAAGGGAUGUUCAACGGCAAAUGUCGCUUCAGCAAAUCACUACGUUAGCUGGAAAAGCAAUUCAGAAAAAGUUGGGCAGGAUUUCCAGAAAAUUUUAAAGGUUCAAAGAGUAAUUCAAAAAUUCUGAAGUUGACAUUUCUGAGAAACUUUUUUUACUUUUAGGAAAAAUUUUUAAGGGGUUUCUGUGGUUUAGGAAAGACUAUUUAUACAGGGUUGGGUUUUUUUGUACUCAAUUCAGUAUCCAAAUUGGAAGCAUACACCAUAAGCUACUUUACUUGCUGCGAAAGGAAAAACAGCAAUCCCAAAUGUACUGAUAAGGAAAGUAGUACUUAUAUAAAGCUGUUACAGAGGAAAUGUUCUCCAGGGAACUAUUAUGCUUCCUGCAUAAAUCUUAACUAUUUAUAUUUUUACCCAAAUAACUAUAAAUUGUUCUAUAUUCAUCCUGGUAAUAGUUUAGCAAGAAUAAACAUUCUAGAACAUAAAACAAAUCACUGUGCCCUUCACCAACAGUACAAUUCUAUAGUUCGAGUUUAUCUGCCAUACACCACUACUACUGCUUUUAGUUAUGGAAAGAUUUAAAUUUUCUCACAUUACCUCUUAGUUGUGCAAGUUGAAUUCAUUUAGCUUUUGGGGAGGGCAACUGGAUUUUCAUUUGCCAAUUUCUAUUUGCACUAAUAGAAAAAGUGGCACGAAUGGCAGAAGACAUGAAGGUGGGGGAGUGGUAGUUUUCCAGAACCUAUAUUCACUUUUAUCACACAUAGACAACAUCCACAGAGCUGGCAGGAAAACCUUGAAGAGAAAGAAAAGGCGGAUAAAAUGUACUGAGGAAGUGAAGGAACCCAUCAUCAUCACUGCCUACUCUUUAAGUGCAGAAAUUUAAUGGCUUUAAGAAUUUACUUUGAAUGUAUGGGGACAAGAUGCACUUGAAAUAUAUACAUAAUUUAUUCUACUGCAAACUUGCCCCCAGAGUCCAAAUGCUGGUAUUUUUCUAUCCAUUUUCCUUGAACAUGAGAAAAACCUUUUAAACUCCACAACUACACAAGAUAUUGGGCUGUGUGUGUGUGUGUGUCUAUAUACUUGCUAUGACUCAUGACAACUUUUAAAUUGCUGUAGAACUUUUUUUGCAUUAAUAAAGAUUAAAGGAAAUAAAUGCUUUUAAAUUAGA